AUGGCAGGAGGUGGAAUAGCUGCACCACCACCAAAACAAGAGGAAUUGAUACCACAUCCAGUCAAAGAUCAAUUGCCUGGUGUUUCUUAUUGCAUUACCAGUCCACCGCCAUGGCCUGAGGCCAUACUACUCGGGUUCCAGCACUACCUUGUGAUGCUCGGUACGACAGUCCUCAUACCUUCCUCCCUGGUUCCCCAAAUGGGAGGAGGAAAUGAAGAGAAGGCUAAGAUGAUUCAGACAAUUCUCUUUGUUGCUGGUCUGAAUACGUUUGCUCAGACAUUGUUUGGUACUAGAUUACCUGCUGUCAUUGGAGGAUCCUUUACCUUUGUUCCCACAACAAUUUCCAUUGUCUUGGCUGGACGAUAUAAUAGCAUUGUCGAUCCUGUUGAGAAAUUUCAGAAGAUAAUUCGAGGAACUCAGGGAGCUCUUAUUGUAGCUUCGACUCUUCAAAUUGUCCUUGGCUUUAGUGGGCUGUGGCGAAAUGUAACCAGGCUCAUGAGUCCACUUUCUACAGUUCCAUUGGUAGCUCUUACAGGAUUUGGAUUAUAUGAAUUUGGUUUUCCACUGCUUACAAAAUGUGUCGAGAUCGGACUCCCACAGCUUAUCGUUCUUAUAAUCUUUUCACAGUACUUACCCCAUCUCAUGAAAGGUGGAAGAAAUGCCUUCGACCGGUUUGCUGUUUUAUUCUCAGUGAUCAUUGUGUGGAUUUAUGCACACUUACUUACCGUUGGGGGAGCAUACAAUAACGCACCACCGAGGACUCAACUAAGCUGCAGAACAGACCGUGCUGGAAUUAUAGGCGCUGCUCCAUGGAUAAGAGUUCCAUAUCCAUUUCAAUGGGGAGCUCCGACUUUCAAUGCUGGGGAAUCAUUUGCCAUGAUGGCAGCUUCCUUUGUGGCUCUUGUCGAGUCAACUGGCGCUUUCAUUGCCGUCUCAAGGUAUGCCAGUGCAACUCCUAUGCCACAUUCUGUUCUUAGUCGAGGAGUUGGUUGGCAGGGUGUUGGCAUAUUAUUCAGUGGAAUAUUUGGAACGGGAAUUGGAUCUUCAGUGGCUGUAGAAAAUGCUGGUUUGCUGGCGCUAACACGUGUUGGAAGCCGGAGAGUAGUGCAAAUCUCAGCCGGUUUCAUGAUAUUUUUCUCAAUACUAGGCAAAUUUGGAGCUGUCUUUGCUUCAAUUCCAUCCCCAAUUGUUGCAGCUAUGUAUUGCCUAUUCUUUGCGUAUGUCGGUGUUGGAGGUCUCAGUUUCAUCCAGUUCUGCAACUUGAACAGCUUUAGGACAAAGUUCAUCUUAGCUUUCUCAAUCUUCAUGGGCUUCUCUAUACCACAAUAUUUCAAUGAGUACACCGCUGUGAACGGCUUCGGUCCUGUCCACACCGGCGCAAGAUGGUUCAAUGAUAUGAUAAAUGUCCCUUUCGCAUCGGAGGCAUUCGUUGCCGGAGUUUUGGCACUGUUUUUGGAUGUCACAAUGCCUCCAAAAGACAACACAACCAGGAAGGACAGGGGCAUGCUUUGGUGGGACAGAUUCAGGUCAUAUCAAACUGAUACAAGAAGUAAAGAAUUCUAUCAAUUGCCAUUCAAUCUCAACAAGUUUUUCCCAUCAGUGUAA